AUGACCAUUAUCCCUACCACACCUGAUAGUCAAUACGAUACUGUUGCUCUACUGCCGUUGGUUGGUUGGUUGGAAGUUAGCGCGUUUUGGGAGCCUCCGCGAAAGCUCAUUCCGAAUCUGAACACGGCGCGAAACGGAAGCUUGCGCGAAAAGCACGCGCUGCGAACAUUCCCGUGGGGGCGAUUUUUCCAUAUUAGUCAAAACAGUAAAGUGAAGAUGAAAAUAGUGGUGUUACUCUUUGGCAUCAUUGUGACGACGGUUGUGGCUGUUCCAUGUCCAGAGCAGGCUCGACCACACGCGACCCGCUGUGAUCAGUACUUCCGCUGCGUGUUGUUACCCUCCAAAACUCACGUCUGGGUACCAACGCAGUGUGGAAAAGGACUUAUCUUCGAGCCGCAACUGAAAACCUGUGUUUUGCCUGGUGAUAACUGGGAGUGCAACCUUUCGAGUGAGACGGGCUACGAGAGCGGCGAGAAUGUUUAUGGUAUCAAUAAUUUGCCGGCCCUAUACACCGACUCCACCACCGAUCCAAUUAUAUCGACAACCACUCAGAUGGCCAAAAAUGUCACAAUUCGUGACCAUCCGGGUUAUUCGAAGCCGGAUAGCUUCACGGACCGGCCAGUAAACCUUCCCACCGUCAGUGGGGACAAUAAAGGUUAUUAUAUUGUAUUGGAUCGCGAUGGAAACAAGCGGAUCACCUACUAUCACACACCAGCGCCCAGCCGGGAUGAGGAUGAAGAAUCUAGCGGAGAUGGGCCCGAUAUGCCGACCACCGCGACCUACGAUACUCGUCCAUCCACGUCGUCAGGCUCUAGCGAAACAACAGAUUUAACACCAAACGAAUUGAACUCAUUUCUGGCGGAUUACACUUUUAAAACAACUAGCGAAUUUCCGUCCAAAUUGGAGACGAAACUCCCACUGCCAGCGAAUGGUCGAAUCCAUCCCGAGCAUUUGUCCGUCAUAUUGAGUCAGCAGGAGAAACUGAAAAAGAUUGCCUCCCAGAUGAAGCUAAAGGCCGAUCCGACCGGUGGAGUUGGUGAUAAAUCUCCUUUCUCGCACCAACCAGUGUAUACGAGUCGCCCAAAAGAUUCGUACCUGAUUAAUUUACCCCAAAAAGUGCCGCAAGCCGCCGCCUAUCCCAACUCAGCUCUUCUUUCGGACGACGUGAUACAGAGUAUAAUUAAAAUCUCCAAACAGAUGAUGACGAAUCACGACGCUUCGUUGGAGGAAUUUUACAUGAAGCCAGUUUUCAUACCGAUCUCAAUCACUUCUGGAUCGCAGGACUACUCCAAGUUCCCAUCGAAACCAGGUCAGGCCCCGGUCUACGACACCGUACCAGAGCAGGUAGUAACCAGUCGUCCACAGUACCACAACAACUAUCAGCAGCUAACGGAAGACGUCGUCCAUAUCGGUAAUCGUUUCCCACCGCGACCCAUCUCAAACGACCAGGUGUAUCCGCACCAUCAGCAGAUAAUGUCAGCAAUGCCAGCGAUGAAUUACCCGAUGUACAACCAACAGAAUUAUCCAAAUUCAAACCAAAUGAUGAACCAACAGGGCUACUACAAUCCGACACUUCUGAUGAAUCAGCUCAGACAAACACUUUCCUAUAACAAUGGCGAAGUGUCAACGAGUCAGAAUGCUAUUUCCGAGGAGCAGGACGACAACUCUGAAGAACUUCCGGAAAAAGAAAUGGACUCAUACCUCAACUUUGGCUCGAAUGAGGAAACUGAGGAUGAAAGCAAUACUCGGCCAGACAUGAAGAAGUUGAUCUCCGUUGGUGGGGCAACUCUCAACUACGAAGAUUACAAAGACAGCAUUCUUCCCCUGCUCGACGCCAAUCCUGAUGAAGUCCGCAUUUCUAUCCUUACCUGCACUCUCGGAUCACGGCAACCAAACAAGACGGACUGCACGAAAUACUACGUGUGCAAUCCUAACAAUGGAGCGUUCCAAUCCUUCUCGUGUCCAUCUUACACCGCAUUCAAUGAGAACACCCGAAUUUGCGACACCGCCACCUACAAAGCAUGCCAUGCCACCAAGAGAACCACUCCAAAGCCAACCGCCUUAACCAGACUAGCGGAGCAAAAGCUCAAGAAUCAUCUAACGACGGAGACGUCUCAGCUCAAGCACGACUUGAAGGAGGCCCAAAAGUAUGUCGACUUGAUCAAGAGGGAGGCGUACAAAAUUCUCAGCCGAAACAAGAUGACCUCCGAAAGGCACGAUGCUGAAGUCACCACAUCGGGGAUAACCAGUCCUGCGCUGAGCAGCAUUACCACUCCCUUUGUCACCAGCACCUCGGAGCUGAUAUCAUCUACGAAGCGAACGAGCAACAAGCCGAAGCGCAAGAGUGGUUCCAAAAAGCGAAACAAGAACAAAACCACAACCACUGGCAAGCCGGUGCCGCCCGAUAUGGCCAAUUCGACGACCACUCCGAAGCCGGUUCCCAGGGCACCGAAGUGCAAGCAGAACGGAAAGAUGGCCGAUCCGGCCGUGCGGCGGAACUAUUACGUGUGCUACAAAGCUAGCCCCAAGAAGUUCAUCAAAACGCGGAUGGCCUGUCCGAAUGCGCUGGUUUACUGCCCGAGCACGGAGUAUUGCGUUCACGAGAAGGACUGCAAGAAGUGA